GUUUCUCAACAAGGUGAUGAUCAUGUAUAAACCUGACAUCAGGGUUUUUGCAUGCUCCAAAAGCCAGAAUAAUCAAGGCAAGCUGUCCCGAGGUUAAAUUGGACAUGUCUGCAAAGAAAAGUAUUCGAGUUAAACAAGCAUUGUUGGCAAAGCCAUGAUUAUGACAUCAACCUAAAUGCCCGUCAACUGAUGAAUGGAUAAAGACACUACGAUUUUCCAGCUGUUAAGCAAUUGGGAUCAGCAAGAAUACAGCACAUACCUGGAAAAUAAAAGCAAUCAGCACAAAGUGAUUUUGUCCACAGGAUGUACUACCUCUACCUUCCAGGCUGUGGUUCCACCGACUCUGCUUGGUCAAGAUCGCUUCUUACAUUCUGAUGAAGUGUCUCUGGGAACUGGCUGUCCUGUAACUAACAUAACUGAGAAGGGGUAUGAGUUUAAUUAUCUUGUCACCGAGUGUGGGAUUCAGAAAGAGGUUUUUGCCAAUGGAGUGAUUUUUUAUUCAAUUCUCUAUUAUAACAUACUGCACAAAGGAAUCACUGGAAAAGUUCUUUUAAGGUGUAUUGUUUUCAGCUCAUCAUUUUCAGACAGCAUUCCAAGCACUACCAACAACAAUCUAACAAAGUUCAAAAAUGGCAUUCCUUCUGCCAAGUCUCGUUCUUCCUGGAGCUUAACCAACCCUUGCCUGCUUGGCUUGCCUUGGAUUCCAUACUUCCAAAACCCCUCGGUAAAGCCACCCCAUCAGUCACUUCUACUUAAAAUGCCUCAUCCUUGUGGUUCAUAAGAGUGCCCCCAUGGCUAUGUUCUAGAUUAUUCUAUAGCAAUCUUGAUAACUAUUGUGAUAGCAAUCUUAAAGUUAAUUUUAAAUCCAGUCAUCCUAGAUUUUGGAAGUUUUUGGUGCCACCUUCUGAGAGGCCAUCUAGAAGUUAGGGUUCAGAUAAGUGCCUAAUGUUUUUUUUUUUAAAUGUGUUCCUUUUAUUUUUUAUUUAUUUUUAAAACAUAUUCCUUUUAAACAAGUGGCAAAAUAGCUUUUGCAUUUCUCUUAAGAUAAGAAAGAUGUCUUUCUUAGUUUUUAUGGGGAGGUGAUUUUACAAAUAAAACAUGCUGUGUCUUUGUAUCUAUA